AUCAGCUGACAUGUCAUGUGAUACAUGUCAUGUGACAUUACAAUUUUGACAGCUGGAAAACUUGAAGAUGCCUGGGGAAUCUAUAGUGGACAUAAAAGUGAAAGAAGUAACAAAUAUUGAAUUAUAUCGUAUAUUUACGCUGGAAUCUGAAAGCUAUCCCGCCGACGAAGCAGCAAGUUAUGAUAUGCUUGUCUACAGACAUACAGAGGCACCUGACCUGUUACUUGGGGGAUACCUGCACGGAGAUCUCGUAGGGUUUAUUUGUGCAACAAGGUACCACGGCAAAGAACUAACACACGAGUCAAUGAAUAUGCAUAUACCAAAUGGAGAGAGCGUAUGUAUUCAUUCAGUGGUUGUAAGAAAGGACCAAAGACGGAAAGGUAUAGCACUACAGAUGUUGCAAGAGUUUGUAGAAAGGGUGAAGGCGGAACAGGUGGAUGUUGCCCGUAUUCUUCUUAUUUGUAAAUCGAACCUCAUACCUCUCUACACCAGGGCAGGGUUUGAACUCGUCGGGAAAUCAGCAGUCGUUCAUGGAAAAGAUCCCUGGUAUGAACUUCAGAUUUCACUGACUGGGAGCUAGCUGGCACAGGUCCAGUGUCCAUGGUCACUUUGUUAAACAGGAAACUUACAGUGUAGUCAGAAAAGGGCAAACAUGACAAUAUUGUUAUGGGACGAAAGGGUGUUCAUACAACCUUCAUGGGUUCAGUUUGACUUGAUUUAAAAUGAAGUGGUAAAUCGGGAGAAUUGAAGAUGAUGUCCAUGUGGUCUCUUUCACCGCUGUCUUGCCGCUACCCGCCCAGUUCCGGCUGCUUUCCACACCUCCUCCGCUGACCAUACCACCACCAACUGAGAAGGGAAAAUGCAUGAAUUUGGGUCAAUAUCUACUAAAUAUAAAAUGCAAACCUAAAUUAUAUCUUAUCUUGUCAAGUUUUACUUCUUUGUAACUUGUAACUUCUUUGUAACUUGUAACUUCUUUGCAACUUGUAACUUCUAUGUCAAGUUUUACUUCUUUGUAACUUGUAACUUCUUUGUAACUUGUUUUGUUUAUUUAAUUACACGUGCCGUAAAAAUUCUAGAGUACAAGAUUGAUGCUAAAGAUUUGCCCGACUGUAAUUCGGACCACAGGGUCUCAUUCGAGUGGAAAAUGAAGAGAAAUCGAGGCCCAUAAAUUUAUGAAAUUUGAUGGAAGUCGUGAUAAAAUUACCUCGGUUUUACGCUCAGAUAUUUCUGUGUACAUUCUAGAGUCUGACAGACUUUCUUUGAGAGUCUGUUUGAUGUGAACGAGGUACUCUGUGUCUUUUGUGAGAAUUGUGUGGCAUACCGCGUAUUUAUUGUCAACAACCGUUUUCUAUUUAUAUAUUGUACAGUGUAUGCAACGGUGCACAAAAAAAUAUCCUAUAGUUGCACUGUCUUGAUGUAUUUUUGUUUUGUUUUGUUGUAUGACGAGAAACGUUUCAAUAUUGUGAUGCCUUAUAAAAAGGUGAAGAAAAAAUAAAGCGUUUUGAAAUUAAA